CAGCUGCGCGCGACGGCCGCGACAUGUGAGGUGCGAGCCGCAGGCAUGUCGCCGUACCGGGAGUCGCGCUGCGCCGCCUGCUGGGACUACCUCGUGCCCUUCACCAGGUUCUGGGGCGCCUUCACCGCCGUCGUGGUGUUUGGUGUUGGGGUUGAUGUGGCCUUCCACCAUCAUGUCAUGGGAAUAUACGUCACGAUCGGUGCGGUGAUCGUGUUCUUCCUGGAGAUCACGUGGGCCAUCACACUCUUCCUGCAGGUGUGCCUCAGGAACGAGUACAGCCCCGUGUUCCGAUGCUGGGACUGCGUGCUGUGGCUGGACCGCUGGAAGAAGAGCCUGCUGUACGCUGUCUUCGCCGGCGUGCUCCUGCUCAAGCCUCACAGGCUGUGGCUCUCGUCCGUUGCAGGGGCGAUGCUGGUGCUGCUGGCGCUGCUGCACCUGGUGCUGUCGUGCCGGGCGCGCUCCACCACCAAGGAGACGCUGCUGCACAACCGCGAGGAGAGCUUCGACAGGUUUGACGACGCGGCCGACAUGAUGGACGACAGCGUGCCCGGCCCCCUGGGCGAGUCCCUGUCGGACAGCCUGGUGGAGCAGGACGUGAUGCUGGAGAUGUGACCCCCGCUGCUGCAGGACAGCGGGCACUGGAGCGAGCCGCCGGACACCUUCAGCAGCAGCAGCAGCGCGGGCAGCGCCUGCGUCUGGAAGUGACGUCACACUGUGUGUCCGCUGCGAGGCCUUCCUGGAGGAGGUUGUUCUGACUCGCUCUGACGUGGUUGCGAGUGAGGUGGUUGGAGCAGACGCUAACCUGGAUUUCUUAAGGGUGUCACUGCUGCUGUAUCGUGAACCGAACAGUGGAAUCUACGGUUUUAUGAGUCUGGCUCAUGUACUUUCUUUUACACUAACGUCCGCCAUUUCUGAGAUCGUGAAACUAAAUUAUAGGACUCCUUUUUUUGUCAGUGACGAGUCUUUUAUUUAGGUGCAAAAUAAGAAUUGUUUUGGAGAAGAGGAGUGGGCUGCUUGACCAGUAACGUACUGCCAUUUGUAGCUUCCAUUAGUACCGAGGUGCAACGGAGCACACUUGGAGCUGGAAUUCUUUUGUGUAACUUUACGAGUAAUUCAAACGACUAAUCUGUCGUGAAAGUAUUGGCGACAGCAGGAGCAUAACAGCAAUAAAGUUUACAAUGAACAUGACGCAUUACUUCCAUUCAUUUCGUUCUCGUUACAAUGAACGUGAGUAAUAGCUUUCAUUCAUUUCGUUCUCGAAUUCAAAGCGAAAUACAAUUGAUUACAGAUUAGUAUAGAUAUCAAAUGAAGCAAUAUCGUAAUACAGCGCCGAUCGGGAACGUAACCUCCAUAAGUUAGAUACGAAGAAAACAUCUUUUCCAUAGCUUUCAUCCGUUGAAAAAAAGCAAUAAUUUUUCGUAUAACUACACAACUUGGCUGAAUAUGACGGAAAGAUCAUCACUGACUCACCUCGCUUUUGGUUACAAUUCGUGAUAUUUUUCAUGUCUCCGACGUGCGCGGUUAUGAGCUUUCAUGUUAAAAUUUAUAGUGUGGCUCGCGACAGGUAAAUAUUAUAGUCCUUACGUUUUACACAAUCCAGUAUUCCUUUUACUAUGUGCCCUUCAUAAAGAGUAACUUUGGAACAGGGGAUGUCAUCACAACCGAAUUUUCUCCUCAUCACACUAAUUCACACGCAAUAACGAAAACGAUUGGGAAUACAGGAAACAUUUUUGGCUCUUAGUUCGAUUUCAGCAAAUUCUGAAGGGUAUGUAUAUCCGUCAGCGUGGGAUACGAGUUUUGUUAGUCAGAUAGUAAUCGAAAAUACAUGCUGAGUAACGCCACAGGACAGCUCGACCACGACGUCCCUUCGAUGACUGACAUUCAAAGUGCAAGCGAAGUGCCUCCUCAGAAGAAAAGUAGUUUAGCGUAAAUACGUGACACUAAAUUAAACAGUGUUGUGUCAGAAGUAAUUCGAUAUAGUUAUUGUUCUAACAGUGACAUUUGUGUUGUCGGAUGGAAGGACCAGAAACAGAAAAAGAGAAGGGAAUGUUUUGAUAAAGCUUUUAAAGAACACCUCCGUAUACGUAUGGUUUUAAGCAAAGUAUAUUUAGGUCUCAUUUGUAACGAUCCAUUUCAGACUAACAGCCGUAUUUUCUGAUAGAAUUAACGCUUGUUUUUCAUAAUAACGUUUGGAAACAAUCGUAAGUCUAUAGAGACUGAUUUCGGAUUUGUACUGGAUAACAUUUAUUGCACGGGUAUUUGUGGAGGCUGUGCGCACUGCUGUAGCAUUUUUGUAAUGCUUUUUGUAUAAGCUUGUUUGAAUCGAUUUCAGCGAUUACCGUCGUCCUGUUUAACCGGAAACUGUGCGAUGGCAUGUGCUACAAAAUGUCCAGAUAACUCAAUUAUAAUACACAGUAAAACGUCACUGAAGACAAAAUUACAAUUUUAAAUCAUCGAAGAAUUCGUAGCUUUAACUGGUGUUUGUAAUGUUGUGUUUCAUCAACAGCAAAAUACUUGAGAACUGAGUUUUCUAUGUGAAGCAAUUUAAUGUGCGCGCGUCAAAACUCGCCUUGAAACAUUAAUGAAACAAAUGCUGAAAGUUAGGUUUUUUACGCAGCCUGCGUUUUGUUGCGAGAAGAACUGAAGAUGCAUCAUUUCUCUCCAAGAAAUGAAAUUUGACGAAAUGAAAUUCUCCUUUGUUACAACAAUAGUUGGCUACAAUGAAUAUGUCAUGAUGCCUAUUUUUAUUUUUUUCAAGUGAAUUUUCCUUGCUUCUCACACGGGAAACUAGUAAGAGUGCUGUGGAUCCUGCAAGUUAACUGUGCUGUUCUUGUAUAUAUUUGAAAUAAAUCUUUUUAUUAAUUAAAAAUGA